CUGAGGAAACACAGCUCUGGAGAUCUUCUGCCCUACAUGCGGAUUAUCUGUGACAUCUUCCCAGAUGUUGGGACAUCAGGAAGCACUGCUCAUCAUUUACAUUUACAUACAAACCUUUUCUGCCUGUUGUGUGGGCUUACAACAGUUAAGAAGUUUUCUUUUCUGGCUAAAAAACGGAAAAGUUUGAACAGUGGAUAUUUGCUUUAUCAAUGUGGCAUCUGCACAUUAGUAGCUACCUGAAACAGGCUAACAGAAGCAAAUGAGGAAGAAAGGAAUCAGUUUCAUGUUAAGACUUACCACCAUUUUGUCAUUUAUGUGACCGGAUGGCACGGAUAAAGAGACGUCCUUCAAGAGAAAGGGCACCUUAAAGGACAGACAUCUCAGAGGGUGACAUCAAAUAUGAGAAAAAGUGUCUAAAAGUUAUGGAGCGGUCCGGUCAAGUCGAGCCAACUCAGCCGGUGAACACUACAAACGGCAGUUGUCUUACUGAUCUAUCCACUGUGGAUGUCAGCGCAGAGAGUCUCGCCUAUCAGAUCAGUCUGGCGGUGAUUCUUUCCGGCAUAACACUCGCCACCACUUUAUCCAAUGCGUUCGUUGUAGCGAUAAUCUCCCAGUCGAAGAAACUGCAAACUCCUGCGAACUUUCUGAUCGCCUCUCUGGCCAUCACCGACCUGCUGGUGUCCAUUCUGGUGAUGCCCAUCUGUGUCCUCUACACGGUGAUCCACACCUGGACGUUGGGGCAAAUCGUGUGCGACAUCUGGCUCUCCUCGGACAUAACGUGUUGCACGGCGUCUAUCCUCCACCUGUGCGUAAUAGCUUUGGAUAGGUACUGGGCCAUCACGGACGCGGUGGAGUACUCCAAAAAGCGCACUCCGGGGCGCGCGGCAGGGAUGGUGGCCACAGCCUGGGUCAUCGCCAUCUCCAUCUCCCUGCCUCCUCUCUUCUGGAGGCAGGUUAAGGCGGAGGAGCUGACCAGCUGCAGCGUCAACACGGAUCAUAUUUUUUACACCAUCUACUCCACCUUUGGGGCUUUCUACAUCCCCACAUUGCUGCUUAUUGUCCUCUACGGACGGAUAUACGUCGAGGCUCGGAAACGGAUCCUGAAGCAGUCCCCCAAGAAGGUGGGGAAGAGACUCACCUCAGCGCACCUGGUCACCAACUCCCCUGGAUCCGUGGCGUCCACAACAUCUCUGCAGUGCGGAAGACACGACACCCAGUCCAGCGACACCGGGUCUUCAACAAGCGAGAACCAGGUGAAAGUGACGUUGUCGGACGCGCUUUUGGAGAAAAAGCGCAUUUCCGCAGCCAGAGAGAGAAAGGCGACCAAGACUUUGGGGAUAAUCCUCGGCGCUUAUAUCGUUUGCUGGCUGCCGUUUUUCAUUUACACAUUGGUGGUGGCCACGUGUGAGACAUGUUUUAACCCCGAGUUAUUUGACUUUUUCACCUGGUUGGGAUAUCUGAACUCCCUCAUCAACCCGAUCAUAUACACAAUGUCCAAUGAGGACUUCAAGAAAGCUUUCCAUAAACUUGUGCGCUUCAAAUGCUGCAGGUCGUGAACGAAUGUUCCUUCAGUCUCCCAUAAGAUUUAUUUAUCUAUUUAUUUUUGGAUAUGAAGUUCUAAAAGUGUUUGACAAUAUAGAAUAGUAAGAAUGCCAUGCAAUAUAUUUUGUGGAACUCCUAGACAUUAUGAGAUGUGCAUGCAAAAUAAAACAACAUUCAUCUUUAGUCAUUUGGUCCAGUAUGGUGAUUUAAAAUGCCAGUUUUUAUAAAACAAAUCUGGAGUAUAAGUGUUUGACAUAAUGUAAAGCUCAAACCACUGCAAGGCAAAAUUAUUAUUAUACUUAAUUAAAAAGCUUCAUUUAACUAAAAAACAAGAUUUACUGAGAGAGCCUUAAAAUUAAGGACCUCACAAAAUCCAUUAAAGGUGUCGUAUUAGCUACUCUUGAUGAAAAAAUGUGCCAUAUAUGUUGUAGGU